AUGCAAAGAACCAAUUACCAAGUUACAUUUUCUGCAAGUCGAUGGCCAUCUCUUGAAGCUGAUAUUCUUCAUAAGUUCCAAAUUUUCAUGUUACAGCUCUUCCAUUGCGAGAACAUGACCGCGGAGGAGUGUCAGGAUUACUAUCGACUUAACGCAGCUAUGGUUGAGGUGUUUUAUGAAACGCUCAACCAUGAGGUAAUUCAAGAGUCUGAAGCAUAUGGGUUUGUGAACCUUGUCGCUGAUUUUGGUGGACAUCUUGGACUUUGGUUGGGUAGGACUUCCGCAUGCAUUCCAUUUUCGGUGAUAACUAUGAUUGAGGUGAUUGUACUGCUAGUGGAAACUGAUAUUAAUGUUCUGCCGUCGAAGAGCUGA